AUGAUAGGUUACCAAGCUCUGCUAUUUUACGUUCUGUCCUUGGUUCAGCAUCUUUGUCUCCUUCCUCCAGCUUCGGCUGGGGUGUUGAUUGAUGCUGAACAUGGGUUGAUCUCUGACAAGGACUAUUAUGAGUUGACUAACGCAGUUGCUUCUGAAGGAGCGAGUCCGAUAAUUCGUGUUCCCUGGAAUGAGGAGUGGAUGAUUAAGCGUGCUCUUGACGCUGGCUGUCAUGGUGUUUUGACGCUCAUGUGCCAUUCUGCAGAUGAUGCAAGAAAGAUUGUUCAAUACUCCAAGUACUCUCCAGUUGGGUCUCGCGGGUACGGGCCCAUGUUUGCGCCUCACUCUUUCCACCGGUUGCCCGCCCGUCAGUACGAUGAGAGGGCGAACAAGGACUUGCUAGUCGCGGCACAGAUCGAGUUCAGAUCUGCAGUGGAAAACGUCGACGAGAUUGCCCAGGUGGAGGUGGUUGAUGUUCUACUGAUAGGGCCUUUUGAUCUCGCUAAGCAAAUGGGAGUGACCCGAGGCUCAGAAGAGCAUGCAGCAGCUAUUCAGAAGGCUCUCAAAGCAGCCAAGCUGGCUGGCAAGAAGACGGCCAUCUUUUGCACGAAUGGGACCCAGGCUCGCUCUCGGGCACAGGAAGGAUUUUAUAUGGUCUCUAUCAUCACUGGUCUUGGCAUCUUGGAGGAGGGUAUGACGCGGGAACUGGCUGUUGCCACGAACGCGCACCCGCAGGAAAAGGGGCGAGACCAGUACUGA